AGUGCUGUCGCCUGGGCACUGGGGGCCUUAGUGACUCCACGCCAAAGGGACUUAAGAUCUCACUGGGUGUCACUGCCUGCUAUGUUGAAUUUUUUUGGGGGGGGCUGGGAGCCACUGUGCAGCAGAGGCGGGACUAAGGAUAUAGACCAAAGAAUACCGCGCAGACAAAGUCAUCAGGCUCUAGAAAUAGACGCUCCAAGGCUUUCGCCACAACCAAAGUCUACUUAGGAAGUGUUGACCUUUGCUGGGCCUAUUGAGUCACUUACAUAAUUCCUAUAAUUGAUUAUGGGACCAGGAAGGUCCCCAAGUCACCUUAACCUUCCCAGGUUCUUUCCAAGAGUCGAGACGGAUGGACUGGGCUGACUGCAUGGGAAGGAGGGCGGAUUCUCCUGGCCUCCACCACACCCUCGGUCACUGCUCUAGGUGGGGGGACAGGAUGCCCGGCAUUUCUCAACAGAUGACGGUGACUCUCACAUCAGCCAGUCCGACCCAGGAGGAGGGACUGUGCUGGCCCUACUCCUGUGUGUGUGUGUGUGUGUGUGUGUGUGUGUGUGUGUGUGUGUGUGUUUAAGCCAGGUAUAUAAGGCUGUGCUUCUGUGGGCUGAGUCCAGAUGACCGUGCCCGUCAAACCUGCUCUGAGUUGCUGUUCAGCCCAGGCCAGCCUAAGACUGAGCUUCAGAAGAGAACGGCUAAUGUGGAGUCUGUCCCACCAGAUCCAGUCAGCAUGCCAGAGGGAACCGCGGACGAAUCAGGACAAUGGACAGGUCAGGACAGGGCCCCAGCUGUUUCGAGGCAAGAGGGACCAUCAUCUGUCUCGUCUUUGGUGCUCGUACUUUGAGUUUUGGAGCAGGUCACAUGGUUUGAAGUAAAUUCACGCUCCUUCCUGCCUGGCCCUGCCCCACUACAGCCUGUGGAGAAAGAGCCUUUGGCAGCUCACCAGCCAGGCUGGGAGACACCAGAUUCCAGCCAUCAGCAAGGAGGCCCUCCAGAAGCAACUCCAGGCACCUCUGAGCCCAGGUAUGGCAGAGCUGUGCCGCGUGGACUCCACGCUCACCACCCUUGAUGAGGAGAGGCUCUGGGACAUGCUGGAGAGCCACCGCUGCAAGAUCGUGCAGAGCAUCUGCCCCAGCCGCCUCACCCCGUACCUGCGCCAGGCCAAGGUGCUGGGCCAGCUGGAUGAGGAGGAGGUCCUGCAUAGCCCCCGCUUCACCAACAGCGCCAUGAGAGUCGGGCACUUGCUGGAUCUGCUGAAGGCCCGAGGGAAGAAUGGGGCCGUCGCCUUUCUGGAAAGCCUGAAGUUCCACAACCCUGACGUCUACACCCUGGUCACCGGGCUGCAGCCUGACAUCGACUUCAGCACCUUCAGUGGUCUCAUGGAGACAUCCAAGUUGACUGAGUGCCUGGCUGGGGCCAUCAGCAGUCUGCAGGAAGAGCUGGCCCAGGAGAAGGCACAAAAGGAGGUAUUACUUCGGAGGUGCCAGCAGCUGAAGGAGCACCUGGGCUCGGCUGAGGCCCGCGCAGAGGGGCUGCGCCAGCUGGAGGCUGACCACAGCCGCAUGAAGCGUGAGGUCAGUGCCCACUUCCACGAGGUCCUGAAGCUGAAGGACGAGAUGCUGAGCUUGUCGAUGCACUAUAGCAACGCACUCCGGGAGAAGGAGCUGGCUGCCACACGCUGCCACAGCCUGCAGGAGGAGCUCUACCUGGUGAAGCAGGAGCUACAGCGGGCCAGCCUCGUGUCUUCGUGUGAGCGGGAAUCUCGAGAGAGGUCCCUGAGGAUGGCCAGUGACCUGGAGCCUGAGGGAGAGGAACUGAACCGUCUGAAGGAGGAGAACGAGAAACUCCGCUCGAUGACCUUCAGCCUGGUGGAGAAGGACAUUCUGGAGCAGAGCCUUGAUGAGGCCCGGGAGAGCAAGCAGGAGCUGGUGAACCGCAUCCACUCAUUGCGGGAGCGAGCAGCGGCCGCGGAGAGGCAGCAGAAGCAGUACUGGGAGGAGAAAGAACAGACCCUACUCCAGUUCCGGAAGACGCAGGUGGACUGUGAGCUGUACCGAGAAAAGAUGACCACGCUACAGGGCCAGGUGGCUGAGCUGCAGAAGGAACGUGACCAGGCAUACACAGCCAGGGACAGGGCCCAGAUGGAGAUUUCUCAGCGCCUGGUGGAGAAGGAUGCCCUGCGCAGGAGGGUGUUCGAGCUGACAGAGCAGGUCUGCGAGCUGCGCACUCAGCUUCGCAGGCUGCAGGCAGAGCCCUCGGGAGGACCUAAGCAGGAAUCGGGAGCCAGGGAACUCUGCCUCCGGGGGAAGCAGCGGCUGGUGCGGAUGCAUGCCAUGUGCCCGCCAGAUGACAGUGACUGCAGCCUCCUCAGCUCCACUGAGUCCCGGCUCUGGUGGGACCUGAUGUCCACAUCCAGCCGCGAGCAGAUGGACAGCUUCCGCUCCAGCAGCCCCAUGCCUCCCAGCCAGCAGUCCCUGUACAAGCGGGUGGCAGAGGACUUUCUGGAAGACCCGGAUUCUCUAAGCUUCCCGGAGGUCCUAGAGGUGUGCCGCCUUUCAGGGGCCACAGGGGACGACACAGACACAGACCUGGAGUACGAGAUGCUGGACGGAACAGACCUCUACCAGUCAGAGGACAGCCUGCAGGAGUCUUCACGGAGCCCAAAUGCCUCAGAAAGGUUGUGUCUGUCUGCCCGCAGCAGUGUCCCUGUGAGGCGGAGGCCGGCUCGCAAGAUCCUGAGUCAAGUCACAGUGCUGGCAUUCCAAGGGGACGCCUUGCUGGAGCAGAUCGGUGUCAUUGGCGGGAACCUCACAGGCAUCUUCAUUCACCGAGUCACCCCGGGCUCUGCGGCCGAUGAGAUGGCCUUGCGUCCCGGCACCCAGAUCAUGAUGGUAGAUUAUAAGCCGACGGAGCCGUCGUUAAGGGCCACUCUGGAGAAUACAACCCUGGAGCAGGCUGUGGGGCUCCUCAGGAGGGUGAACGGCUCCUGCUACCUGUCUGUGAAGAUCAACACCGAAGGUUAUAAGAACCUAAUCCAGGACCUAGACGCCAAAGUGGUGACCUCUGGGGAUUCCUUCUACAUCCGGGUCAACCUGGCCAUGCAGAGAAAGGGAGGGGGAGAGCUGCAUGCCCACUGCAAUGAUGUCCUACACGUCACCGACACCAUGUUCCAAGGCCGAAGCUGCUGGCACGCCCAUCACGUGAACCCCUACACCAUGAAAGACCUGGAGCCUGGCACCAUCCCCAACUACUCACAGGCUCAGCAGCAGCUCCUGGCCCUCAUCCAGGACAUGACCCAACGGCGCACGGCUCCCCGCAAGCCUUCCGGAGGACCACAGAAGUUAGUGAGAAUUGUCAGUGUGGACAAAGCCAGCAUCAGUCCCGGUCCUCUGUCUUCGUCCUUUGACCAAGGCCAGCUGGCUUCUGGCAGGGGGGAAGGUGGCUCCAGAGCAUGCCUCUGGGCAGAGAGCUGCUUCACCCUGGCCCCCUACACCCUGGUGCACCCCCACAGGCCUGCCCGGCCCCGGCCAGUGCUUCUCGUGCCCAGAGCAGUCGGGAAGAUCCUGAGUAAAAAACUCUGCCUCCUCCAAGGCUUUAAGCAGUGUCCGGCAGAGUAUUUGAGCCAAGAGGAGUAUACCACCUGGAACCAGAGAGGGGAUAUCAUCCAGGAGGGAGAGGCGAUAGGUGACCACCAUUGGGUCACGCGCCACGCUGUAGAGUCCCUCAUGAAUACGGGCACCCACGCCCUGCUGGAUGUCCGGCUGGACAGUGUCCGUACCCUGCACAGGAUGGACAUCUUCCCCAUCAUCAUCCACGUUUCCGUCAAUGAGAAGACGGCAAAGAAACUCAGGAAGGGCCUGCAGCGGCUCGGCACCUCGGAAGAUCAGUUCCUCGAGGCAGCCCGGCAGGAGGAGGGGGACCUGGACAGAGUGCCCUGCCUGUACAGCAGCCUAGCCUCUGACAGCUGGAGCGACCCGGACAGUCUGCUCAGCUGCGUGCGCCUGGCCAUUGCAGACGAGCAGAAGAAAGUGGUAUGGACGGAGCAGAGCCCCUGCUGAGGCCCAGACCUGGCUGGGGACUGUGGUGACCUCCACCUGGCUGUCACUGUUGUCAGCAAACAAGCCCACCUCCUCCCCUGGCCUGGGUCUGACCUCACGUGUUCACAGCAGUCAAGGUGUAAAUGACAACACCACAGUUGCACGGUAUGGCCUGGGCUGGCGGAGGAUUGGAGGAUAUUCUGCCAGGGUGGGGGUUCUUCUGAGACCUGUUCGGGCCAGUGCCCCAACCUCCUAUGAAUGGCUUCCUGGGGAGUAUCCCUCCUUUUACAUCUCCGAUGUCAAAGGAAUCUUGAAAACUCGCUGGAGGAGUCAUCCCCAUCCAGGGCAAGGGCACAGACUCCGGGCCCUGAGGGCAUGGCUGACUCGUCACAGCGGCCAGCAGCCAAGUGCCGCCACAGACACCUGCAAACGACAGACUUGAGCGGCUGACUCAUGGCCUCGUGCCCAGCCCCAAACACCAGGUUGCUUUGGUGGAUGUCCUGGACAAAGCCAACGGACUCUUCCCGACUGAAGGACUGACAUUACCCUCUGGUCCCUCUUGGGAUGUAUUACACCCUGCUUGGAUGAAGCUGCCACCUAGUCAUAAAUGAGUUAUUUUGACAGGG